AUGUUGGGAUUACCUAAAGAAAAUGUUGAUUUGGAUGUUAAUACAGUUGGUAAACAAUUGGAAGAAGAAAUGAAUUGUAUGACUGAAGCUAUAGCUGCUGCUGUUGAACAUAUUAAUGAAUUACAAAAGAAAAGUCGUGAAACAAAUAUUGGAAUAAAAUUGGAAGUAAAUGACAAAAUAUUAAAUUCUUGUAAUGAAUUAAUGGGUGCCGUUAGAGAAUUGGUAAUAAAAAGUAAAGAAGUUCAAGAAGAAAUUGUUUCUAAUGGAAGAGGGCAGGCUACACCAAUUGAAUUUUAUAAAAGAAAUCAUUUGUGGACUGAAGGUUUAAUUUCUGCUGGUAGAGCUGUUGGUGUUACUGCAACUGAAUUAGUGAAAUCAGCAGACAAAUUAAUAAUGGAAAAAGGUGGCAAAUUUGAACAUUUGAUAGUUUCUGCUGGUUCUGUUGGUGCUAGUGUUGCCCAACUUUUUGUUUCUUCACGUGUAAAGGCAGAUAAAAAUUCUCAAAAAUUGGUUGGACUUGGAAAAGCUUCAAAAGAUGUAAAUAAAUGUACAGCAAAUUUAGUUGGAAUUGUUAAACAAGGACAACAAUCACUUGGGGAAGAAAAAUUACUCGAUUUUUCAAAUCUUUCAUUGCAUGAAACUAAAAAGGAGGAAAUGGAGUCACAAGUGCGUGUUCUUGAAUUGGAAGCGGAAUUGUCUAGGGAAAGGCUUCGAUUCGCAGCAUUGCGAAAGCAACAUUUUCAUAUUGCUCAGUUAGUCUCUAAUAACCAGGAAAAUGGAGGUGGUAAUGGAGAGACUGACACCUCACCACCUGAGUCUUGA